CGCCUUCGCGGGCGGGGAGAACCCACCCCGCCCAGCCUCGGGGCGCGCGGACCCCAGCGCCUCCUCCGCGGGUCCGGCGGCGCCCCCCGAGAGCGUGCGAAGCCAGGGCGGGCGCGGCCUCGGCGGUUGGGCGGAGGCUAGUCGGACGCCAUGUCAGCCCAGGGAGUGGCGGUGCUGCUGUCGUGGCUGAGCUGCUGCGGCUGGGCCGUGUGGAGGGUCUGGGUAACUUUGUGGGACAGCUGAGCCCCCAAACUCCUUUUCUGCCGCGGCAACCUUGUUUUGCCGGAGAGGAGCAAAUGAGAGCCCCAAAGUCGCCCCUGGGGAGUGGAGGCAAGGGGCGAGGCCACUUCUCAAGGAUAACUAGGUAUUCCACUAACAGCCCAAACUACCUCAUUUUUAGUACCAGAAGUACUAUUAAGUUAGAGUAUGAAGGAACAUUAUUUUCUGAGUGGAGUGUGCCAGCAACUUGUUCUGUGAAAAAUAAAAGCUCCCCCAAGACGGAACUGCGUUGUUCUUCUCCUGGUGUUCAGACUAUAAGACCACUUGUUAUUGGCCCAGAUUCAGAAGAAGAACGCAAUUUGUCUGUGGACAGUUCCCAUAUAUGUUUCCUGUGGUAUUUUAAAGUUAUAAAUUUCUUCCACAAUUUAACCCAGGUUAUUGUUGUAUGGAUAUAUGAUCCAGAAAAUGCAGACCCUGAAGAGUUGCUGUGGACGGCCCAGGAACCGUCACUAAAUUCUAUAGUACUUACCAAGCAGUUGGCCACUUUGGGACAGAAGCCUGGCAUAUACACAACUCUGAAGAGAAAAACUUAUUUGCCACAUGACAAAAUGGAGAAUGGGACCUGGCGUAUUUUGGUACCAAUGACAUUAGAUGAUAUGCUAAAGGAGAUUAAAGGAAAUCAAGUGGCUUUUCAAGAUUGCUUUACUGCAGGUUUUCUUUUUGUGCUGGCCUUUCCUUUGAUGACAGUACCUGAGAUUCCUGGAUUUUUACCAAUCUCUUCACCACGUGGUAGUCAGUUAAUGGCAGCCUGGACUGCUUGUGUUCCUUCAUUUGUUGUUGUGGUUGCUGAUAUGGAGACCUUUCAAACAAAUGAUUCAUUCCACAGCUGGACCAGAGUCAGAGUGCCUCCAAACAUUUUGACUGACGAUGAAAGGCACAAUGUAUCUGAUGUGAGCCUAUCACGGGAUGGAAUAUUUUUUCUAAUAAAUGGCGUUCUUUAUGUAAAAAGUUUUACUGAGUUCAAAAGGCUGGGAGUAAGUGAAAAUCUUCCUGAUAGUGGAAUUAUUGGUAUUACAACAAGAAAAUGGUGUUGGAUCAACUAUUUAUUAAAGGGUAAAACAAGAAGUAGAGUGGCAACCUGGACAAAAAAUGAAGUUUACCUUGGAUAUGAUUUUCUUAAAUUUGUCAAAAUAAUGACUACUGAAAAACUGAAAAAUUUUCUAAAUAUAUCAUCAGCUGCUACGCUGACUAUACACAAUGUCGAGUAUCCAGGACACCCUUUGGAACUUGCCAUAUUUUUAAGUUACUGCACUACCUGUACGGUCAACAAAACGAUUUACUUGGUAAUAUACAACGAAGAUACAGAAGACUGUGUGAACCAAAACUUUGUGUUAGAUGUCCCUACUGACAGUUUUUUAACUCCGCAUUUUAUAUUCACAGCACUUCCAGGUUUAGUACUCUGGGACAAAUAUAGGAUCUACUAUUUUUAUCACAAUUUCACAGAGACUGGAGUUUUACAAACACCUACAGAAUUUGGAAAUUUGUCCAGAUUAGCACAUAACAGCAUUAUUCAUGAUAUUUUCAUAGAUUAUUAUGGAAAUAUUUUGGCAAAAAUGGAAAAUAACAUCAUGUUUUAUUUCAAGAUCAAUAUUAAAGAUGCAGUAAAACUACACUCAUGGGCAAAUAGCACAGUUAAGUCAUUAAUUCUAUUGAGUACAUCUACUCAAAUAUAUUUCAUAUAUGUUUUUGAAAAUGCCACUGUACAGUCACAGGAAUAUCCUUUAAAACUGGAAACACAAAGUGUGAAUUUCUAUAUACAAGAAAACUGCCCCUACAUGGCAUUUCAUAAUAAUGUUUUUAGUGUUUUUCACUUUUUGGACAAGGGACAGAACCUGUCCUUUUGGGCUCAAAUAGUCUAUACAGAAAAUCUUGGUCUGUAUAUUAUUGUGGAAUCAUAUGGCCCAAAUAUAUUACAAGAAAUACAGAAGGUUCACUAUGAAGUCGCCCUAGGAUACUGUACUAAAACCGUGACAGUCACAUUUUUCCAGAAUGUAAAUUAUGAGGCUGUAGAUGACUACUUCAAGUUGCAAGACGAGAACACGGGCCUUCGGCUUGUGCAGUUUCGGCCUAGUGAGUAUGCUAGAGCGUGUCCAACCGCCCAAAAGGUGUUCCAAAUAGCCGUUGGCUGUGAUUCCAGUAAAUACAUUGUUGUUAAAGGGUUUAACAAAAAAGACUGUCUUCAGCAUGAUUUCUUUUACAUUAUUGAAAAGUCAUAUCUGAGGAAUCAGCCAUCUAAAAACUUGAGAGUAAAAUAUAAUUGGAAAAAAUACGGCUGCCCGCUGAGACUUGAUUUUGGAGAAAUGUUUCACCCUUUGAUUGAAUUACACAAUGGCAAUGGCUACAUCGAAGACGUGGAAGUAAACUUCAUCGUGUGGGAAAUACACGGCAGGAACGACUACAGCUUUAAUAACACCAUGAAGAAGAGUGGUUGUUUAAAUGAAGCCCAGACGUGGAAGUCAAUGACGAAGCUUAACCAGAACCUUCCACUUGAAGAAGCCUGGGGACCUGAGAACUAUAAACACUGUUUUUCUUAUGCUAUUGGAAAACCAGGAGACUUAAAUCAACCUUAUGAGAUAAUCAACAAGUCUAACUAUAACCAUUUAAUUUGGCCUGGGGACCAUUCUGGAAUGUAUGUGUUUCGUGUGAAGAUCCUGGAUCCAAACUAUAGUUUCUGUAACCUAACAGCUAUAUUUGCGAUAGAGACCUUCGGAAUGAUUCCCAGUCCAAGUGGCUACCUGGUUGCUGCCUUCCUCUUUAUCCUGAUGCUACUGUUCUUCAGUAUUCUAGUUUUGAGCUAUUUCCAUUAUAUGAGGAUUUAUAAACAACAUCUUUAUGAGCCAAUUAAAAGAUAUGAUAGAAAACAAAAGGAUAAUUAGGAAAAAUGAAAGUUUGUUUAGUAUGGAUAUAUAUAUGUAUAUAUGUAGAGAGUAUAUAUAUAUAUAUAUAUAUAUACACACACUUAUAUUACAAGUGUGUGUGUGAUUAAGAAAUGCUAAAGAUAAGCACAUAGUAGGUAUAAACAAAUUCAAGCUCUAAAAAUGUCCUUAAAUUACCCCAAGACAAACAUUCUUAUAUCUACUAUGUGUUAUUAAUUUUAAGGUGUUUGCCCUUACCUUAAGGUUCUCCAUACACUCUUAUGUGACUUUUUAAAAAAUUAAAAUAAAACUAAAUUUGCCUAUUAAAAUCCUUCCUAAGAAUGAAAGUAAAUUUUUGGAAGUAUGUAAAUAUCAAAUACUUUUUUUUUUUAGCUUGGGGGAGGGGCAGAAAGAGGGGGAAGGAGGAAGCCGACUCCUCGCAGAGAGCAGAGCCUAACUUAGGGCUAAAUCUCACAGCCCUGAGAUCAUUACCUGAGCCAAAAUGAAGAGUUGGACGCUUAACCGACUGAGCCACCCAGGAGCCCCUCAAAUAUUUAUUUGCGUGAAACUUUUCAUAUGAAAUCUCAUAUGGCUGUAGUUUAUGUAUAAAAGUCUUAAUGUGUCCUAGAUAAUCUCUCUUAAAUGUAUUUCAGAAGUUUUUCUAGCGGUAGAUUCACACAUGAAGUGUACAGCUUAUUGAGAAUGAGAAGCUGCUGCUCUAAGUUUUAAUUUUAAGUUUUAGAAUAUGAUUUUCAUGUUCAGCAUAAGCUUAAUUUAUCCAAAUGUUACCACAGCUUUCAAACAAUUAGUGUUUGUAAUAGUCAGAGUUCAACUAGAGAAGCAGAAUUUGUGGGAGGGGUGUGUGUGUGUGUGUGUGCACGCGCGUGCAUGUGUGUAAAGAGAUUUACAAGAACUGGCUUGUGUGACUGUGGAAGCUAGCUAAACAAGUCUGAAAUCUACAGCACAGACAUCAAGAAUAGAAGAUUGCAAAAGAUAAAAAGAGCAAGAUGGAACUCCACGGGCACAGAUCAAAGCUGCUAUCCGUAAUUAGAAUUUCUUAUUUUACCAAAAUCAAGAACAAGACAGGGAUACCUGCUAUUCAUCACUGUUUUGUAAGUUCCGACAUUACAAGAGGAAAACAAAAUGAAAUGACCAUUAUAAAUACUGUGGGAAAGGAGAUUUAAAAAAUCCUCUCUUUCAAUAACAAGAUAAUAUGCCUAGGAAACCCAAAAUUAGUAACAAGAAUUAUUAGGUUAAGAUAACCUGAUUUGCUCAAUAUGAGAUAGAUAUUUAAAAAUUAAUACCUUUUCUAGGCGUCUGCCUUCCACUCAAGUCAUGAUCUCAGGAUCCUGGUCAAGUCCAGCAGCCUCCCUAUUCAGCAGGAAGUCUGCUCUGCCCACGAGUGUGCACUCUCUCUCUCAAACAAAUAAACAAACAAAAUACCUGUUUUCUCUAUAAUGUUAUAUAACAGCAAUAGAAAAAAUAAAAAGUAAUUUACUCAUUGUAAUGACAAAUUAUGCAGAAUUAAAUUUAAAAGGUGUAUGACAUACAUGAAAACAAUCUUCAAAAUCUUUAUUGAAGGAGGUGAGACAAAAUCUGAUAAAAAUAAUUAAUAGGGGAAAAAAAGAAGCAAAACUACCCAAUAGAAAUGAGAGCAAAGAAUAUAGUCACUUUACAGCGGGGUAUCCCACAUAGCCGCUAAACAUAUUUAAAGCAAUUAUUUUUUAGUGUUUACUAUGUGCCAGGAAUUGUUCUAAUAACUUACCAAACCCUCUUUAACAAGGCCUCAAGAUGGGAGUGUUAUUUCCCAAUACAGAGAUGAGGAAACUGGCACAAAAAGGUAAGUAAUGUUUUUAAGGUCGCACAGCUGAUAAGAGAUGGAGCUGGAAUUCACACUCGGACACGUGGAGUCCAGAUCCGGGGCUCAUGCCCCCAGGAUGCUGGAGCUCGCCCGCCGUUGGGAAGAUACAAACCAAAGUUACAGUGAGGCUUGCAUUCCUCACCUGAGGGCAAAAACUCGGAAGGCUAAUACUCUUGGGAAAGAAGGAGGGUCAGAGAUGGAAAGAA